UUGAUAUCCAAAAAUAUAUAGAAAAAUAUUGUUAAAUUGCAUUACAAAAGGUCUUAGAAGAUUAUUUUGCUGAUUGUUAGCAGAAAGGCCCUUCAUUCUUUGUUAUUUUAUAGGUAGUGUGGCAACUAUAAUGUUUGCAUUAGUGCCGGUCUCUGUGCAUGUCUUGCUUUAAUUCAGAUGCAAUAUUUAUUGUGUUUUGUUUUGUAUUUUCUUUACAGAAUGGCUCUGAUAAUAUUGAUUCUUUGGCCAGGGGACUCCUAACUGAAAUAGUUCAGCAUAUAACAAUGCAAAAGCUCGUUAUUUCCAGGAUCAGCUUUAUUGGCUUUUCUUUAGGCAGUGUAAUUAUACGUGCAACUCUGUGCAGACCUGAAUUUGAUGCCUUCCUUGGAAACCUGCACACGUUCCUCUCCUUCGGUGGUCCAAAUAUGGGCCUCCUGUACCAUACCAGCUGUAUUGUUAAUAUGGGUAUGCGGUAUCUGCAGGGUUCUGACUCCCUAUCACAGCUGGCAUUCAAAGAUCACAGAGACCCAAGACAAACGUUCCUCUACAAACUGAGCCAGCAAACAGGUAAGAUAUAUGACCCCUUUUUCUUAUUGAUUUCCCCCCAAAUAAAGCUUUUGUGAUUUAAUUGUUUUAUUAGAACCUUUUGCAAACUAUUUCAACCAUUCAUUACCAGAGGGGGAGUAUUUUAAGAUAUUUGCAGAUCUUAAAGUGCAGCCACUAUGGACCUGACAUGGACCCAAUACUUUUACAUUGCAAAAUAUUGAUUUGUAAUGUAUAUUAUUGAAAGUGUUGCGCCCACGAUUUCAUGGAAGAUGUAUCUGUAUUGAUGUCUUAACAUUGUUCUGGAAUCUCACGCUGAAUAUUGUUGUAUUACAGGGUUGGAGUGCU